UUACCGCUUUUCCCCAUGAGUUAUGCAGAUCCCCCAGUUGAUCCAACUGAUCUUGUUGCUCUAGAUUCUUCUUCUUCAAUUUUCUGUUAUAGUCUCGAAUGAAUCCUCGCAAAGUCGUUACUAUCUCCAUCAUACAGAUUCAUCUAAUCUUGUUAUUGUAACUAAACCGCUCAUAGAUAACAAUUAUAUGUCUUGGAGCAGAUCAAUGAUCAUCGCCCUCUCCAUCAAGAACAAGUUAGGGUUUGUUGAUGGCUCAAUUCCUCAGCCCACCGGUGAUCUUCUUCCGACUUGGGUUACAUAUGACUGCUGCCUUACACUUGUUGAAAUAUUUGAAGCUGUCGCCUGGUUCUUGCCAUCGUCAUCAUCUUUUCAACUUCGUGCUUUUGCUGAUUUUGAUUGGGCUUCAUGUCUAGACACUCGCCGAUCUACCACUGGCUUUUGUGUUUUCCUUGGUGAUGCUUUGGUGUCUUGGAAGUUUAAAAAGCAGACAACUAUUUCUCGUUCUUCUGCAGAAGCUGAAUAUCGAACCUUAGCUGUUACUGCAUGUGAACUUGUUUAGUUGUCUCAUUUACUUUUAGACUUACAAGUUCCAUUUACUCCUCCAGCUCUCC